CUUAGAACGCAAAUGUAUUUAGACCAUAAUAUACAGGCCGCUGGGUAUUGUGGCUCACUACGGCUGCAGCACAUCUUCCAUGGUAUGACCUCUUCUUGCAAUAAAACGAUUUACAUUCUAGAUCGCUAAUCGAAAUCCAACUCUGUUAUUAUAAAAAUUUACCUUGGUAUCCACCCGCAGUCAUCCUUUCCUCUUUUAAAGUAGCGCCGA